AUGGGCUGCUCUAGCGGCCCCGGCAAGGACGCCUCCCCAUCUUGCGGCGGCCCUUCGAUCGCGACUCACGACCGCGGUACUGUUGCUCAUGAUCAUGGCCAUGAUCAAGCUCAUGCCGAACACGGACAUACUCAAGCCCAUGUCGACCACGAGCAUGGCCACGACCACCGACAUGACCAACACUUUGCCCAUGCAGACCACAGUCAAUACCAUAGCCACGACCAGGCCGCUACCCAGGAGCAUGACCACUGCGUUGAUGAAUUCGAUUGUGCCACCAAGGGCGAGGUCUGCGAUGACGACGCUGAUUGCGAAGCUGAGGAUGACUGCAGCUCGGCAACAUUGGCUUGCUGUGACACCAAUAACGAGCACUGCGACGGUUUGCUACCCCGACUUGGCUUUGUUACACACAGCCUGGCGAUUGCCGCCUUUAGGUGUAGAAAGGCUUGUGAAAGUGAAGCAGAGAUGCCUGAUGCCCGCAACGUCCACCGGCACAGCCACGAUGCCUCUGACUGCCACGCUCCUGUCCCCUGCCCUGACCAUUUGGAGAAAGCAUUCAAGCAGUAUAGGACAUACCUCAAAUCCGCCCGUUGCAUCUGCCGAAGUGUCCUCGACCAUGGAUGGGGCAAAACUUGCUGCAGCACCCAGCGCCACAAGAAACGCAAACGAUCUGCCAACACUGCUACCUCUUGCAGGUCAGCCCGCGGCGACCACCCGACUGACCACCACCAUGGAUUGAAGCAACGUAACAUGAAGCAGCCAGUACGUCUUGCGUCUGAAAAGGACUCUUGCUGUGGCAAUGAAAACAAAAAGGACUCGUGCUGCAGUGGUGACCACGUCCAUCAUAGUCAUGACGAGGAUCCAAUCUCGAAUACUCAACCCAUCAACUUUGGUGACGUCGAGAAGGCUGGUGGGUUUGAACACCUUGCUCUUCAUGUCGAGGGCAUGACUUGUUGCGGGAACAAGAUGGACAAGGGUCUGAGAGGUAUAGACGGCGUUUCCAACGUGCGCGUCAAUUUUCUCAUGGGACAGGCCGAAUGCGACAUCAAUACCUCAAUCACGGCUCCAGACAAGGUAAUCAAGAUGGCGGAACGUGCUACAGGCUUCAAAUGCAUCAAGCUUUCGAGUGAUGACCAAACUCUAGAUGUACUUGCCGCAGGCUCAGUGGCUAAGAGCCUACUGGACCUCGACAUACCUGGCGUUACAGACGUGUCGCUUCUUGACAAGAAAACAGUUCGAAUCAGCUAUGAUCCAACCGUCAUAGGUGCCCGGGAGCUUUACGGAAGGCUACCCCCAGGGAUCGAAGGGCUUGCACCUCCUCGGGAUGACCCGUCCGUAUCCAGUGGUCGAAAGAGACUGUACGACCAGUUGAUGAAGACCAUUCUUGCCGCUGCCUUGACAAUUCCUGUGUUAGUCAUGGCCUGGGGUGAUAAUGUAGUGAAGGAGCCAACCAAGGCAACUGUCUCCCUAUGCCUGGCUUCAGCUGUCCAGGCUAUUGCUAUACCUGACUUUUAUCGCCCUGCUCUCUCCUCCCUCAUCUACAAUGGUGUUGUGGAGAUGGACAUGCUGGUUGUCAUCAGUAUUACGGCUGCUUACCUCUACUCCGUGGUUGCAUUUGCGUUUCGAAUGGCCGGCAAACCUCUUGAGACUGCCGAGUGCUUCGAAACCGGCACCCUUCUUAUCACAUUGGUCAUUCUCGGUCGCCUAGUCGCCGCCUAUGCCCGUGUUCGAGCUGUCAAGGCCGUUUCUAUCCGUUCGCUCCAAGCUAGCUCCGCGAUUGUUAUCCAAGAUGGUCAAGACAAGGAUAUCGACGCUAGACUUCUCCAGUAUGGUGACAAGUUCAAGAUCCCCGCUCACACGGCUGUUCCCACAGAUGGAAUUGUCAUCGAAGGCUCCAGCGACGUGGACGAGUCGAUGCUGACUGGCGAGAGUCAUCCCGUGUUCAAGAAGGAAGGUGACGAGGUCAUCGCUGGUACAGUCAACAGCACUGGCACCAUUGUGGCUCGCUUGACCCGCCUUCCCGGCAAAAACACUGUUACCGAUAUCGCGCAGCUUGUCGAAGACGCCGCCAACACCAAGCCCCCCUUGCAGGACGCUGCCGACCGCGUUGCCAGCUGGUUCGUACCCAUUGUCAGCGCGGUCGCCGUUCUUGUCAUUGUCGUCUGGGUCGUGGUGGGCCUUCGGGUUCGCAAGUACAAUGCUGGUCGGGCCGUCUCCAAUGCCAUUACUUACGCCGUCGCUACCCUUGCUGUUUCUUGCCCCUGUGCUCUCGGAUUAGCUGUUCCUAUGGUCUUAGUCGUCGCUGGAGGCGUCGCUGCUCGUAGUGGUGUCAUUAUCAAGUCGGCUGAGUGUACAGAGCGUGCCCGCAAAGUGACUGAUGUUGUCUUUGACAAGACUGGCACCAUUACCGAGACGGACCUUGAGGUCAUGUCUACCGAAUUCUUUAGCGGCAGCGAAGAAUUGGCUACUGCUAUGACAAAGCUGCUUGUUGCUGGCAAUAAUCAUCCCGUAUCCCUUGGCGUGGCCAAGUAUCUCGAGAGCCGGGUCACCAGCCAAAUCACUGCUACCGACAUUCGUGUUAUACCUGGUUCCGGUGUCAAAGCUCUCUUUGGGAGCCAUGUCGUUCGCGCCGGCAACCCCAAGUGGACCGGAACCGACACCGAUCCGGUUGUCGAGAACCUGAUGACCCAGGGCCUUACUCUUCUCGUCAUCACUCGAGACGACCAGCCUAUCGCCGUCUACGGUCUACGCACCCGUCUCCGUGCAGAGUCCUUCAACGUCAUUCAGAAGCUUUCUCGGCGCGGCAUCACCGUCCACAUUGUCUCUGGCGACUUGCACCAGGCAGUUGAGGUGGUUGCUAGUCAAGUCGGAGUCCAUAACAUCGCAUGGCAACACACGCCCUCCGAGAAGCGCGAUUAUGUUGCACAUCUCAUGAUACAAGGCAAGAAUGUCAUGUUUGUGGGAGAUGGCACCAAUGAUGCCGUGGCUGUGACGCAAGCCAACGUGGGCGUCCAGAUUGCUAGCGGCCUCUCCGCCAGUGAGAUCACCCGUGGUGCCGCCGAUGUUGUUCUCCUCAAGGGCCUCGAGGGUAUACCUUUUGUGAUUGAAAUAAGCCGCGUCAGCUUCCGCCUUAUGGUGUUCAACUUUGCCUGGUCCGCCGUCUACAACGUUCUCGCCAUUUUGCUCGCCUCGGGCGCCCUGGUCAAGGUCCGCAUCCCGCCUGCCUACGCUGGUCUUGGUGAGAUUGUCAGCGUUUUGCCCGUCAUCUUCGCCGCUAUGACGAUGCUUCUGACGAAGAUCAAGAGCGAUUAG